CUCCUGUUCAGGCUCGGCUGCUGGCCGCGCCUCUCUUCCCUUUCAGACUGCGCGCCGACUGCUGCAGCUCCGGGCGGCCACAGGCUCCUCCGGUCUUCCAGCACUGAGAAGAGAUUGUAGCGGGCGCUGGAGCUGGCCCGCUGCCGCUGCUGCGGCCGCUGCGUCGGGACGGCGCUGGAGUCCUCCUUUCCCCUCAGCCUCUGAGCUGAGGCCCCAAACCUCAGUCGGGGGCGGCGCGGCACCCGUGCCCUGUCAUGGCGACCCCGGACGCGGGGUUCCCUGGGACUGAGGGCGCGGAGUCGGCGCCCUGGGCGCAGCUGGAGGCCCCUGCCCGCCUCCUGCUGCAGGCGCUGCAGGCGGGGCCCGAGGGGGCGCGGCGCGGCCUGGGGGUGCUGCGAGCAUUGAGCAGCCGCAGCGGGGAGCCCUUCGACUGGGGCCGCUUGCUCGAGGCCCUGUGCCAGGAGGAGCCGGUCGUGCAGGGGCCUGACGGCCGCCUGGAGCUGAAACCACUGUUGCUGCGAUUGCCCUGGAUAUGCCAGAGGAACCUGAUGUCCCUACUAAUGGCUGUGCAGCCAUCGCUGCCACAAAGUGGGCUUCUCUCUGUGCUGCAGAUUGCCCAGCAGGACCUAGCCCCUGAUCCCGAUGCCUGGCUCCGUGCUCUGGGGGAAUUGCUGCAAAGGGAUUUGGGGGUGGGGACCUCCAUAGAGGGACCUUCUCCACUGUCCAAAAAAUGCCAGACACAGCUCCGAGGUCUGUGUAGGGGGCUGGGCCAAGGGGGCAGGAGGUUGAAAUCGUCCCAGGCUCCAGACCCUGAAGAAGAGAAGAACAGAGACUUCGAGCAGCCCGGUAAACGCAGAAAGGAGUCAGAGGAAGAGCCUGCCAGUCCUGAGGGGAACAGGGCCCCCAAAAGGUUACGGUGUUGGGAAGAGGAAGAGGAUCAUGAGGAGGAAAGACCUGAACAUAAGUCACUGGAAUCCCUGGCAGAUGGAGGAAGUGCAUCUCCUAUUAAGGACCAGCCUGUCAUGGGAGCUAAGACUGGCAAGGACGGUUCAAGUCUGGAGGAUGCUAAGGGUCUAGCUGAGAGUUUGGAGUUGCCCAAAGCUAUCCAGGACCAGCUUCCCAGGCUGCAGCAGCUGCUGAAGACCUUGGAGGAGAGGUUAGAGGGGUUGGAGGAUGUCCCCCCAGUUGAGCUACAGCUUCUCCAUGAAUGUAGUCCCAGCCAGAUAGACUUGCUGUGUGCCCAACUACAGCUCCCCCAGCUCUCAGACCUCGGUCUCCUGCAGCUCUGUACCUGGCUGCUGGCCCUUUCACCUCAUCUCAGCCUCAGCAAUGCUACUGUGCUGACCAGAAGCCUCUUUCUCGGACGGAUCCUCUCCUUGACUUCCUCAGCCUCCCGCCUACUUAAAACUGCCCUGACCUCCUUCUGUGCCAAAUAUACCUAUCCUGUCUGCAGAGCCCUCCUUGACCCCGUGCUCCAGGCCCCAGGUACAGGUCCUGCUCAAACGGAGUUACUGUGUUGCCUUGUGAAGGCAGAGUCCCUAGAGCCAGACGCACAGGUUCUAAUGCUGGGACAGAUCUUGGAGCUGCCUUGGAAGGAGGAAACUUUCUUGGUGUUGCAGUCACUCCUAGAGCGGCAGGUGGAAAUGACCCCUGAGAAGUUCAGUGUCUUGAUGGAGAAGCUCUGUAAAAGGGGGCUGGCAGCCACCACCUCCAUGGCCUAUGCCAAGCUCAUGCUGACAGUGAUGACCAAGUACCAGGCUAAUAUCACCGAGACCCAGAGGCUGGGCCUGGCUAUGGCCCUAGAACCUAACACGACCUUCCUGAGGAAGUCCCUGCAGGCUGCCUUGAAACAUUUGGGCCCUUGACCAUCCACCAAGGGAUCACCCUCUUGGAACUCCAUCAGCAGCUUCCUGAAGGGCAUUUCUGCCUUUACCGCCUUGUCAUGAGCCCUAGCCUGAGGGUAAAGGCUGAGCCUAGCCAUUCCAGGUUCCAACUGCCUCCCUCUUCAGGCUGCAGAGGGACCAUAUUGGCUUCUCAGCCAGCAGGGAGGCUCCUGGGCUAAGGGAGUUCAACUACAUUUUCUCUUUCUUUUGUUUUGUUUUGUUUUGAGAGAAGGUAUUGCUCUGUCAUCCAGGCUGGAGUGCAGUGGUGUGAUCAAUCAUGGCUCACUGCAACCUCUGCCUCCCAGGCUUAAUCCUCCCAUCUCAGCCUCCCAAGUAGCUGGGACUACAUGCACAUGCGCUGUGCCCAGCUAAUUUUUUUUAUUUUGUAGAUAAUCAACUUGUCAGGGCUGGUCUUCAAUUCCUGAGCUUAAGUGAUCUUCCCGCCUUGGCCUCCCAAAGUGUUGAGAUUACAGGCAUGAGCCACCAUACCAGGCCAUAGCUAUAUUUUCAAAGGCUGCUGACGCCAGGCCCACUCCUCAUCAAUUCUCAGGCUGCAGGGACAGAAACUUUCUGAUAGGGCUCAGUAGGGUCAAGCUGACCCAGAGUAGACAUGAGAUGCUCUAGGAGGUCUGGGGUACCAGUGUGCUCAGAUGAAGCUCUUGUGCUUCUGUAUGUUAUGACUCUCUGUGUUUUGUUUCUGACGAAUAAUAAUUUAUCAAUGGUAUUGAAUAAAAAGUAAGUUCAAUAAUG